GACGUACUCUCGUACGCCUGCGCGGAUCUGUUGCGCAUGCGCAAUGUGGUUCGGAUAGGGGACGAGUAUCGGGCUGUGCCUCAGUUUGUUGGAGAUCGCUAACAGGAAGGAAAAGCAGUAGAGCGGCGCUGCUGAGGGACGUGAGCGUGUGUUUAAGAUCGUGACCUGCACUGGGUUGUUGUGUGUCUCCGUGUACCUGAAGGUAUCCAUCAUGGCUCUGCCUAGUAAGAAAGAUGUGGAGAAGUAUGAGGACCUCGACGAGUACGACAUCAUCAACAAGCUCUCUGAGGAGGAGCUGAAGCAGCUGGAGAGCGCUCUGGAGGAGCUGGACCCCGAGAGUGCUUUGCUCCCAGCCAGCAUGAGGCAGAAGGACCAGACGACCAAGAUGGCGACGGGGCCGUUCGACCGAGAGAAGCUGCUGCAGUACCUGGAGAAAGAGGCGCUGGAGCAUAAAGACAGGGACGACUGUGUGCCCUUCACUGGGGAGAAGAAAGGAAAGGCUUGGGUACCUAAACAGAAGCCACUGGAGGCCAGUAAGGAGGAUGUGACGACCCUCGACCCGGAACUGGAAGAGGCUUUGUCUGGCGUUACAGACACGGAGCUGUCUGACCUCGCAGCGAUCCUCGGCGUCCACUCGCUCGUGACCAGCACGCAGACCUACGACGGGACGUCCGGCAAAGACGGCACCAACAAUGUAAUUAAAGGAGAGAAAGUGAAGCCGGUGUUUGAUGAGCCGCCGAACCCCACUAAUGUGGACGAAACUCUGCAGAGGAUAAAGAGCAACGACCCCACGCUCACUGAGGUCAACCUCAACAACAUAAAGAACAUUCCCAUCCCCACACUUAGAGACUUCGCCAAAGCCUUGGAGACAAACACGCAGGUGAAGAAGUUCAGCCUCGCUGCAACACGCAGCAACGACCCCAUCGCCGUGGCGUUUGCAGACAUGCUGAGAGUGAAUAAGACACUGAGGAGUUUGAACUUGGAGUCAAAUUUCAUCACUGGUUCUGGAGUUCAGGCUCUUGUGGAGGCUCUGAAAGACAACGACACACUCUCUGAGAUCAAGAUUGAUAAUCAGAGGCAGCAGCUGGGCACUACAGUGGAGAUGGAGAUCGCUAAAAUGCUGGAGGUAAACACCAGUAUCGUGAAAUUCGGAUAUCACUUCAAUCAUCAGGGACCUCGAGCUCAAGCAGCAGCCGCUAUCACUAAAAACAACGACCUGGUGCGUCGGAGGCGUGUAGAGAGAGAUGCAUAGUGAACCCGUGCCCCCCUCUCCCCCUCUCCUCCCCCCAGCUCUGCAGAGUCGUGCCAGUCUCUGUGUUGUGUUGCACCCGUGUUCAUCUUGUGUUGAGCCUGAACGAGGGACAGAACUGGAACUGCCCCCCCCCUCCGUUCAGCUCUGCUCUCCACAUCGACAGCGUUGCUGUUUUUCUUUCAUUCCUUUUUCAUUAUUAGCAUGAAAUCUGCUUUUUAUAUUUUGUUUGCAAACACAAGAAUCAAUGAUGAGCCUGAUACUGAUCCCAUAUACACAUCCUCACAGUACCCGAGCCGUGUGUGUGUGUGUCUGUGUGUGUCUGUGUGUGUGUCUGUG